AGAGUACUCAACUCGUACACAGAGACUGACUCUGUGAGAAGGUACCUUCUACAUAAUUCAAAUUGGCCUAACAUCAACUGGUGAAUGGCAUCACGAUUCAGUUCAUUUUAAAACGUCGUCGUGCUUUGUUGGGAAUCAUACAAGUUGAAAAUUUUAAAAAUAUACAUUUCCUCUAUAUUUGACAUAGAAAAAAAAACAAAAGAGAAAAAUAAUAUACAGAAGAGAAUCAACAGAGAAAAAUAAAAUAAUUUCUCUUUGAAGAAGAAACUUAAAGAAUACUCUCCCUUAAGAUGAGGGGACAAAAAUUACAAUAUAUAGCAUCAUUGCUAGUUAUAUUAUUGGCUACCGGUCAGCUUGCUGAAUGUAAGCGCACCUACAGUAGUCGCAGUCGUGGUAGUAGCGGCAGUAGUAGCAGCAGCAGUCGUCGUACAUCACAUUCCUCAUCAUCAGUGACAAAACCAACAUUCUCAACUUCAAAUUCACAUGCAGAGUUAUCAAAAUUGAGCUAUUCGGGUUAUAAUUCACAACCAAAUAGGCCGAAGGCAAGUGCUCCAGCAGCACAACCAGCUGCUCCAAUUGGUUGGAAUGUACCCAAAGCACAAGGUCCCCCGCCAGCAUAUUCGGCAACAAAUCCAAUAGGUGGAGCUAAGCCAAAUAUUCAUGAGGCAGCACCAGCAUAUAAACCUAAUUAUGCUGCACCACCAUCGUAUUCGGCAGCAACAAAUACCCAGACCCAAAAUAAUAAUAACAGACCUUUCGGUAGUGGAACAAACAAUAAUGCUGGAUCAUAUGGAACUGGAACUGCUGGUGGUUAUGGAACUGGAACUUCAGGUGUACACCAUUCGGGUACAGCUUAUAGGCCAAGAGCUAAUUCCACUGGUGGAAGUAGUUCAUAUCAUACUCCAAUUCAGCCUAGCCACACUCAAGGAGUUCAAUCUAGCUACCCAGUUCAACAAAUGCCAGCUGGAGCAACCUAUUACCCAUCUGGAGGUAGUCUUCCACAAGGAGCAGUUUACCAUCCACAAGGAAUUCCAGCUGGAGCUUCCUACCAUCCUCAGGGAUUACCAGCCGGAGCUUCGUAUCAUCCUCAAGGUUUACCAGCCGGAGCAACAUAUCACCCUCAAGUUCCAGCAGGAGCAACAUACUAUCCAGCUGCUGGAGGUGUUCCAGCAGGAGCAACUUAUUAUCCAUCGGCUGGUGGAAUUCCACCAGGUGCUAGCUUCUAUCCAGCUGGACAAAUGCCACCUGGUGCCACUUACUAUCCACAGGCUUCUCCAACAAUAGUUCAAAAAUCAUCAGGACCUGGUUUAGGAACCGGUUUGAUUGCGGGAGCUGUGGGAGGAGCUCUUCUAACUCAUGUUUUGACCCCCUCUGGAUCUAACAGCGGAUCUUCCCACUAUCACCCUGCUCCAGCUGUCAGCUCCUCAGACGGCGAUAAAGACCGCAUUAUCAUCAUCAACAAUGGACCACCAGGCUCAGUGACAACAACCAAUGCUGACGGAACUACAAUUAUUACAAAUAACGGUGGAGCUGCUGCUGCUCCAGCUGCCCCAGCCGCUGCUGCUCCAGCUGCUGCUGGUCCAGCUCCAGCUAUGCCGGCUGCACCCGCAGCACCAGCAGCACAACCUGCUGCACCAUCUGGAGAGCCACCAGUUCCGUUAGCACCAUUUGCUCCGGGAACUUUUGACAAUUUGAAUGCACCAGCUGGAGCUGCCGCAGCGGCACCAGCUAAUGGAGAAACACCAGCUCCACCGGCACCUGGUGCAACACCAGCUCCUGGCGCUGCACCUGAGCAACCACCACCAGGUGGUUUGAUUUGCGUUCCAAUCAUGGUUAAUGUCACUGAUCCUGCUGAUCCAACUAAACAAACUCAAGUCGAACAAAUUGCAUGCUAUCCUGCUCCACCAGCUCCCCCAGCCGGCGAAUCUACACCAGCUCCUGCUGCACCAGCAGAUGGAGCUGCCCCACAACCAGCUGCUGCUGCUGAACAACCAAUGCAACAACAACAACAAGCUGCUGUAAAUGCAGCAGUUCCAACUCAGAGAACAUCAACGGCUGAACUGCCCGACAGUUCACCAAUUCAAAAGGCUUCCAGUGGAGCCAAUCAUAUUAAUGCAUUGUUCUCAUCGUCAUUGUUUGCAUUUUUAUUAGCUUAUUGCAUGCGUUUCGUUUAAGAAAUUAACACAUACAAAAGAACAAACAAAAAUAAUAAGAAAAAAUAGCUUAACAUCAUCGGCUAAAACUAGUCCUGUUACCUCAAAGGAGAAAA